AUGAAUUUCAAACGAGGUGGAAGAUAUAAGAACCAAAUUCAAGAAAGAUUUGCACGAGGGCGAGGAGGAAGGUCGCCAAAUCGAAAUGACGACCAGUCCGGACAUUCAGCUUCAGUGAAUAAUAAUAGAUCUCCAAGAGGAAGAGGAGGGAUAUCUCAAGAGGAGAAAAAUAAACGUAAUGCACGUGCGGAACGUUUUGCAGAACAACUUGAUCCUUCACAAUUACGAAGUGUAGGAAGUGUAGGAGGUCUCGGGAUUAAAAAGACAACUGAAAUUAAAACACCACCAAUAGAUCCCGUUAACGACUUACGUAAAGUGGUAGAUGCGUAUUUCAAAUUAAGAUUACUCAUUUAUAAGAAUGAUGAACAUCGAGAUCCGAGUGGUAGACCGGUUGCUUGGGACUUCUUCCAGGAAGAUCAACAACCUGUUACACUUGAAUCAUUAUGUCGAGGAACUUCUGAUGUGGAGAUAUCACCCGCUCCUAGCUUUUUGGACGUAGAGGUGGAAGAUCUAGAUCUUGAAUUAAUGGAUGUUGAUGAAACUCUUAUAAUGUCGACUAGUGUCACAAAUUAUGUUAAUAAAAGCAUUCAGCCAUACUCGAAUCUAAAUAGAGAAUAUAAAAAUCUUGAAGAAAGUUUAUCGGAACGCGAAGGAUUAAAAGAUUCACCAGAAGAACCCGAAAUUUUUGUGGAAUCACCAAUCGACAAUGAAAAUAUUGAUGAUGAUGAUGAUAAUUUAUUAUUAUUAUCGACAUCACCAAAUCCAAAAUUGGAUAUCUAUAAAUUAAUGAUGGAAUCAUUAUUAUUAUUUUCUGAUCUACCCAAAAACCAAGAAAAAUUCAGUAAAAGGAAACAAAAUUAUAAAAAACCAAAAUUACCCAAUCGUCAAGAUAAAGCCAAGACGGAAAGGGAAAGGAGACGAGAUGAAUUUAAUAAUCGAAUUAAUAAAAAUCGUAAUAUUAAAUCAAUUCUUAAAGAAAUUGGUCAUAAGAAAAAGGAACAACCGAAAGAAAUGGAUUCAUUGAAAGUAAUAGAUAAAGAUAUUGAAACCCUUAGAAUGGAAUUAAAAAGACGUUCUAGUAUUAUUGAACGUCUUAAUAAUGAAUCUUUAGAAAAAGCGAAAAAUGAUCCAAAAUAUAAACAUCAAUUUUAUAAAAUUUUAAUGAUGGCCGAAAAGGAAAUUUAUAGUUCAAAUUCUUUAAUAUAA